AUGCUAGAGACGCCGGUCAUUAUCGGCAUUGCGGUUGCAGCGGCUCUUGUUGUGUUGGUGGCUGCGGGCGCCGCAAUCUCGAUCCAUGUGCAGAGGAAGAAGAACCAAAGAUACCUGACUGGUCUCAGUCAAGACCUCGCGGCUUAUCAACGAACACGACUGUCGGCAUACGACAACAAUUACGCGCAUGAGCGGAUCGACCGCCAGGAGAGUCCAGCACAACUACCCGAUGACAGCCCGAUGCCGCCGAAGGCUCGGCGAAAGCGAAGCCUGCGCGACUCGCUGUACGGCCAUUCAGGUAUCACCGUGCCGAAGACGCGGAGGCAGAAGAAGAUCGCGAAGGCGAUCGCAUUGAAAGACAUGAGUCGCUCGCCUCUGUCUGCGAUCACCGAGCUGACAGAUUCGACUGAGCCGCCGAACGCGGUAGAGCUACCAGCAGAGAGGACGCCGAAAGUCUCCCACGAUCUAGUCUCUCCGGUACAGCCUACAGUCACUUGGUCUUUAAGGAAUACAGCAUUAAGUCCGGUCGAGAUUGAUACACCAGUAUCUUUGCAGGAGGAACCGAACAUAAGCCCAAUUCAGGAGAUGCCACAUUCAGAGAGCAAGCGGAGCGAUCUAUCAGAAGCGCCUGACGGACCACUACCAGAGCUGCCAGUCUUCGACAAACACAGUCAUGUGGCACAGAAUCGACGUCACUCACAGGUGUCCACAGAUACUGUUGGAAGCUCUGUUCUGGGCGCUGCUAUGUCGUCUCCUGCAGAAGGACAAGGACCGUUCAAGGUCAAUUCAGGCUUGCAAGAUUUCGACUUUGGUUUCUCGAAUCGAUCAACUCCUCGUAUAGGACCAUCGCCUGGAAGGACGACUGGAUGGCAUAGUGGCGGUCCUGGGGUUGCUUCAGUGACCCCUAGCUUCGAUUUCCAGGGGCGGAAAUGGAGCACACUCUCCAUCAAUCAACCCUCGACCAUUCGAGAAGUUCCGAAGGAAGGCAGCGAGGGAUUCGUUCCAGAUGCAGAGUUCUUCUUCGGUACUCCUAGACAAGUCAGCGAGCGACAUUCUAUGCUAGACUACAGCUUGUCUACACGUAGUCAGCAAGCCGGUGAGCGAGAUAGAGAGAUGGUGGCCAGUGCCUCGCCAACGAACCUGCCGCCUCGACCAGCAUCGGUCGCUAGCAGCAAUCCGUACAAACUCGACCACAAGCCGUCCUUCGGAAGCUCUCGUCUCUCUACUGGCUCAACUGGAAGUGGACGCCGAACGCCUGGCCAUCGUAGGCAGAAUUGUAUCCGCAUAAGCAUACCGAUGCCCGUCAAACAGCGAAGACCUUCGCCUUUCUCGGAUAUACUUGAGGAUAGCGAUGACGAUAUCGAAGUCAGUCCGAACAAGGUCCAGAUCGUGGGCAUCACAAAAGUGUCUCCAGCAGACCGAAAGAGGACUUCAUACCGGAGGAGUGUGCCUGUCGUCGACGAGAAUGGAUCGCCAACAAUCUCACCUAUGUCGAACCGGCCUGUUCUGAGCCCAUCUAAACCCAAGCGGACUACAUCCUAUGCUUCUCGGAUCUCACCCGUUUCCAGACCAGAGUCUGACGUUUUCUUCUCAGCUGUCGACCUGAACAACAUGGACAGCAAGCCCAAGACGCCGGAUCCGUUCGCGAAUCCUGAUCGAUGGGCACUGGCACCGACACCGCCCAGCGCCGCGACGCUGAAACCUCCUCCGGCCUUGGGCAAGGACUCUCCGACACUUCCCUCUCCACUUGCACCACUGAAGAUCACUUCGAACACGGCCUCCGCACUGACCGCUCUGCCACUGGUGGAGCCAUCGCCAACGCGGCCGUCACGGCUAAUGGGUCCGAGGAGUCCUCCAUCUGUAAUGUCUACGAAUGUACAUCUCCAAACUGCUCAUACCGUGGCAAGAGCAGCAUCACCACCAAAGGCGACAGCAUAUUCCAGCCCAGUCACGACACCGGUCGAGCAGCCCGUUCAAGCAACCGCUGAAGCGCGUCCAGACAACGAUCUCAGGCAGUCUGUGUCUCUUCUCCGAAGCAUGGAUACAGUUGGCAGACAUCUGAACGACAAGUCCAGGCUGUACCCUCAAACAACUUCGUUCAUGUCAUCGACGUCUUCACGCAACAACCACGAUGACUGGAAGGAGCUCAACGCCAUUUGGGAAGUAUCACGCUCCAACUCGAUCGAUAGUGUCAGCACACGGGCAAUCACUCGAGACAACAGCGUGGUCCACGGUCAACAUUAUGCGGGUCGAGGUCACCGCUACAGCCUGUCGCAGGGGAACCCCGUAACCUCAUACACCGGCUCUACUGGAGCAAACGUCGGCAUCAGUCGCAACAACAGUAUCUCUGCGAUGGGCCAAUCCUCUGGCUACGGAAUGCGACAGGGCAGUGUCUCGGCCGGUGGAGGCUACCUGCCGCAAGAGUCCAAUGGCUUCAGCUUCGCGCAUAGCCGCCAACCGAGUAUGUUCGGCAGCUCCAAACGCAAGAUGUCGAUGGCAAGCUCGCACAGUCCGAAGCCGAGUCAGACCUCGAUGAGCCGGGAUUGGAAUAUGGCUACCAAGCAGGACAACUAUGAGCAUAUAUCAGGCAACAACGUCCGCAGCUCCGGAAACCUCUACCAGUCUUCGAACUGGGGACACACGGGCAAUAUGUCCCGAGCAGGAAGUCCCGGACGAAUGAGCAUGGCAUCGCUAGGCGGCAUGUCGAUCUGGGAAGACGAAUCUAUCAGAGCAGAAAGUCCAGAACCUUUGUCAAGGCAGCACAGUGUACAGACACGGCUCAAUCGUAGCGCAAGCAACGGACCUGGACCUGCACUGCCUGCGCCAGACCCGCCACAACGUGUCAACCCAACACCUCAGCAACAAGCAAAUCAAGGGCUCGGCAUAACGACAAGUGCGCCGAACAGCAAGCCCAAGCCAAUUGUCUUUGACGAUACAUACUCCCAAGCACAUCUAGUCUCGCCUCUGAACGACUCGGACAUGGAGAAUCUCACACCAACGGCGCAUACCUUUGGUAACAGCCGCUACGUAUUCAACUUCCCGGCUGUGCCGACAACAAAGCGUGUGCCAUCGCGCGGCAAUGCUGGUCCACCAGCAGCGCAGCAAGGCAGUGUCACAUCGCCAGCGGCGAAAGGCAGCGUCUCUACAGGGACAGCUUUCUCUGCGUCGACGGCCACGACGCCAUCUUCUUCUAUCCUUGCUUCGCCAUCGCUGCAACCACAGCCUUUGCGGUCGCACAUUGUGACGGCGGUGCCAGAUCAGCAACAACAGAGGAGCCCGCAGCAAGCGACACCGCGGAACCAGCCACAAGGGCUGGGAUUACGCGUGGGAGACAAGCUGUUGGGCACGCCGGGAUCGCUUCGUAGCUUGUACGAUGGCGAUGGCUUCCUGAAGGAGAGUCCGCUGAGGGCGAAGGUGCAUCAGGGUGUUGUGAGGGAUGGCAGCGCGUUUGAGCGGGAGUGGGAGGGUGCAGAUGCUCAGAGGCGAGGGGAUCGGUUGGGCGAGGCGGAAAGAUUUCGAGAAUCGUUUGGCAUGAAGUUGCAGUCAGGAGAUGGAAUGAUGGCGAUUGGGACGACAGCGCCUACUCGUAUUAAUGUUUAA